AGACCGGAAGCUGCCAGUCUUCGAUGUAAACAGGUUCGGUAGGAUGUGUCGGUUCUCCUCUCCGGGUUUACUCCCUCUGUUCCCGGGUUAAACUACUACGCAGCGUGUCGUUCCAGCUCCAGACCAACAGCCGAGCCGAGCAGAACCGGGUUAACGGACCGAGUCCAGCAUGAAUGAGACGGAGGGGCUCCGGUUCCGGCGGCUGAACAGACCGCAGGUCAUCACGGACGAGCUACCGGAGCACCGCUACAAGGGAUCCGGCACCUACAGCGGGAAGGUGUUCCAGGUGACGCUGCUCUCUCUCGGCGGCUUCCUACUUCUUCCUCUGCUCGUCAUCGUCCUCAUCCUGGAGUCUCCCAUCCACCCCGAGGUGUUCAGCUUGAAGGAGCCUCCGGUGAUGACGGGCUGCUGGGAGCAGAACCUGAAGCUCCGAGAGGCCCAGAGACUGUUUGAAGACCAGAUCGUUGGGCCGGAGUCCAUCGCCAACAUCGGAGAUGUUUUGUACUCUGGAACAGCUGACGGGAAGAUCGUGAAGCUGGUCGGACGAAGGAUUCACACGGUGACGAGACUCGGACGGCCGCCGUGUGGGUCUACAGAGGAGGAGCCCAGCUGUGGGAGGCCGUUGGGGAUCAGAGUCGGACCAAACGGGACUUUGUUCGUAGCCGAUGCUUACCUGGGAGUGUUCGAGGUCAACCCCACCACAGGCGAGGCCACCAGGCUGGUGUCAGGUGGGCAGGUUGUUGCCGGCAGGAAGCUGUCGUUCAUCAACGACCUGGCCGUGACUCAGGAUGGAAAGAAGGUGUACUUCACCGACUCCAGCAGCAGGUGGCAGCGCAGGAACUACCUGAACCUCAUCAUGGAGGCCACAGCCGACGGACGAGUGCUGGAGUACGACGCAGACAGCAGAGAGCUGUCGGUGGUGAUGGAGAACCUUCGUUUUCCAAAUGGGAUCCAGCUUCUGCCCGAUGAAGAGUCGGUGCUGGUGGCCGAGACCACGAUGGCCCGGAUCCGCAGAGUCCAUGUUGCCGGUCUCAACAAAGGCGGGAUGGACACGUUCGUGGACAACCUGCCCGGUUUCCCCGACAACAUCCGUCCCAGCUCCAGCGGAGGUUACUGGGUGGCCAUGUCCGCUGUGCGACCGAACCCCGGCUUCUCCAUGCUGGACUUCCUGUCCCAGAGACCCUGGAUCAAGAAACUCAUCUUCAAGCUCUUCAGUCAGGACGUCCUCAUGAAGUUCGUCCCUCGGUACAGCCUGGUGGCGGAGCUUCACGAUGGCGGCGUCUGCACUCGGAGCUUCCACGACCCCAGCGGCCUGGUAGUGGCCUACGUCAGCGAGGUCCACGAGUACGACGGCAGCCUGUACCUGGGCUCCUUCCGCUCGCCGUACAUCGCCAAGCUCGACCUGCGCGAGGUGUAAACAUGGCGAGGAUGAACAUCAGACGGAUUCUCUGUGUGACAUGAGAAUGAAGUCUGAACCGUGGCAGUGAUGUCAUGAGGCUGCAGGAGGAGAAUUUAAACACCGUGACAGGGUCGGGUGGAGGUCAGGUGGAGGCUGGGUGGAGGUCAGUCAGAGUGACACUUCAGGAUGGACCUGCUCACCUGGUCUGCAGAGGAAGAAGAGUGAACGUGCAGCUGUCAGCUGAUCUGUUUGCUGGUUUUGUUCUGCACGCUUCAUACGUGUGUCAGCAGGGUGGAGCGUCACACUCUGAUCACACUGAUCAGAUCAGCAGCUAAUGAUUAUUUACGUCAUCGAUAAAUCGACUUAUCUCAUUAAAAACAAUUAAAAUUCUCAUAUUUAGUUUAAUGAUGAAGUAAAGCAGCAAAUGUUCAGAUGUGAGGUGGAAACAGGUGACACAUCAGACCCAGACCUCCUGUGAUCAUGACAUCAUCAUGACAUAAUCAUCAUCGCUCUGAUCAGUGAAUGAGUAUAAUUAUUAUGUCAUUAACACCUUCUGUCCACCUGAGCAGUUAAUUGAUUAAUGGUUGCUAAUCUUGUAAAGCUGGUUCCUGAUUUAAACACAGUCACAAAUCUUUGGCUUCUUUUUUAAAAAAUAAAGAAACAAUCGAACGUGUGUACAGUUUUGAGAGUGAGGAAUCAUGAAUGUGUUGGUUAUUGGCUGAAUCUCAGGUUCUUCCGGUUCUGAUCGGCCCUGGAGUCUCACCUGCUAGAAAAAGCUUGACAGCUAGCUAAUGCUAAUGGAUCAGUCACUAAAUGAUUCUAUGUUAGCAUGCUAGCUCACUCAGUCAGUGUAUGUAAAUAAAAAUGAAGUUACGGAG